UGGCCCACGUGCGGGCGGCAGUGCGCGCGCUCCUCCUGCCUGCGGAGAACGGUCGACAGCAACCCGACCGCGCAGCACAGGCGCAGUGAGACGCGGCGCGAGGAAAAAACAACAACUAAUCCAACCCGUUUCGGAUUAUCUCUUUCAUCUAAACCUCCAGCCGCCAGAAACAGUGGCAUACCCCUCUCUCCCACCACCCCCUUGAAGAUGAUGACUCGCGCGGAAGAUGCCCACGUCUGACCUUCGCCUCUGCUCCGCUGCGUCGACGCAUCGUGAAGCGCUGCCGCUACCGGAGCCCCUCGGCUCCUGCCGCUGCUCCACUUAGCCUCCUUUUUGCCCCCCCCCCUCGCUGGAGAGACACAGGUGCUUUGCCCGCAGACGAGCCUGCACAUCUUUCAUUUUAUAAUUUAUUUUUUAAUCAAUCAAGAGCGAGGCAGAUGCCCCUCGCUCUGUCAUCCCGGCUCGUACUAUGGUGGACUUUCCAUCUCUCAGUCCUUACUGGCCUCUCAUCCGCUUUCUGGUGCCUCUGGCUAUCACCAACAUUGCCAUCGACCUCGGAGAACAGGCCCUCAACAGGGGCAUAGCCACAGUCAAAGAGGAUGCCAUCGAAAUGCUGGCCAGCUACGGCCUGGCCUACUCCCUGAUGAAGUUCUUCACCGGACCCAUGAGCGACUUCAAGAACGUGGGUUUGGUGUUUGUCAACAGCAGGCGGGACCGCAGGAAGGCUUUGCUCUGCAUGGCGACGGCCGGGGUCAUCGCCUUCGUCCUCCACAUCCUGAUCGCUUACACAGAAUUAGGAUACUACAUCAUUAAUAAGCUCCACCAUGUGGAUGACUCUGUGGGGGGCAAGACAAGAAAGGCUUUCUUAUACCUGGCUGCAUUCCCUUUGUUGGAUGCAAUGGCUUGGAUUCAUGCAGGGAUACUUCUCAAGCACAAGUACAGCGUCAUCGUGGGCUCGGCCUCCAUCUCUGACGUCGUGGCCCAGAUUGUGUUCGUGGCCAUUCUCCUGCACAGUAACCUGCAGUGUGUGGAACCUUUACUCAUCCCCAUCCUGUCCCUGUAUAUGGGCGCUCUGGUCCGGUUCACCAUCGUCAGCCUGGGUUACUACUGCAACAUUCACGACAACAUCCCAGACUCCAGUGGACUGGAUGUUGGCGGUGAUGCCACGAUCAAAACGAUGCUGAGUUUCUGGUGGCCCCUCGCCCUCAUCCUGGCCACCCAGCGAAUCAGCCGACCCAUCGUCAACCUCUUUGUGUCUCGCGACCUCAAGGGGAGCGCUGAGGCCACAGAGGCCGUGGCGGUGCUCACGGCCACGUACCCGGUGGGUCACAUGCCCUACGGCUGGCUAACCGAACUGAGAGCAGUGUACCCUGCUUUUGAAAAGAACAACCCCAGCAUGAAGAUGAGCGCCGGCACCUCGGUCACCAAGUCCCACAUCCAAAAGUUUACAUUCUGCUGCGUGGCAAUAUCAGUCACGCUUUGCUUUGUGGUGUUUUGGACUCCUCAUUUAUCAGAGAAGAUCCUGACUGGCGUCAUCGGCGUGGACACCGCUUUCGCCGACCUCUGUGUGAUCCCGCUCCGAAUCUUCUCCUUUUUCCCGGUGCCAGUAACUAUUCGGGCUCAUUUGACUGGAUGGCUCAUGACCCUGAAAAAGACCUUUGUGCUGGCCCCCAGCUCGAUUCUACGCAUCAUUGUUCUCAUCGCCAGUCUAGUUGUGCUGCCGUACAUGGGGGUUCACGGGGCCACGCUCGGGGUUGGGUCCCUCCUGGCCGGCUUCAUAGGAGAGUCGACAAUGGUUGCCAUAGCAGCGUGCUAUGUUUAUCGACAGCAGAAAAACAGCGAGAUGUCCACCGAGCUGGUGAGGGAGUGCGAGGACUGCGCCCCGAUGAGCGAGGCGAGCUCCAGGGCUCAGAUGGACUCCAUCGAGGAGCUCCAGGAGGAGGAGCAGGAGUGAACCUCCAAGAGGCACGAAGCUGAAGAAGAGACGGCCGAGUGUUCAGAGGAGACCCGGGUACUGGUUUGGUUUCAGAGGUUCUCCCGACAGGAUAAACCGAGUAAGAGCGAGGAGGUCUUCUUCACGUCGCCCUACGCACACUGUAAAGAAAGCCAUGCGCCCCCACGCGUCGACUCAUCCGUGUAAAUACCGUGACGUCUUCCGGUCCUUUUCCUGCGUUCUCAUAGUUUUGCAUCCUAGUUUUGCAUCACGCAGCGUCGGCUGCUGUAUUAACCACUUUCAUGCGUUUCCUGGUAAACAAGGGAAGGCGACACAGGAGAUCUUUUCCCCCCGAAGCACGUCUGUCGAGUGGUAGUGGAGUUGCCAAAAUACUCAUUAUUUUAUCAAAGUUAAGCGGCAAGGCCUUGCUUGAAUUCACAUAUAGACCUGUUGUGGGACUUGUUGGGUUGUGCAAUCGUAUUUUACAUACAACGGUGUACAGAUUAUUGUGGUUUUGUAUAGGUAAUGCAAUGUGUAUAUUUAAUUGCCCAGAGGGGUCGGGAAUCCCUCGUUAUAUCACUGCUGCGUGUGUUUCUGAAUCCAGUUAUGAUCGUUCACUUUCCAUGCAGUCUGGGAGUCCAUCUACUUGUUUUGCAAAGCAUUUCCCUGGUGUUCAGACUGUCGUACGUACUGUAUAUAAUGUAUAGGCAUAAUUAUUUGGCGAAUAAAUAGCUUUAUUAUUAUUAA